AUGCUUAUUUUAAAACAUAAUGCACUUUCAGUAGAGGAUCUAUUUACUAUUGAACGUCAACUUUUACGAUGGUUAGAUAACAAGGAAAUCAAUAUUGGACUUGAUUUUAACGUGUUAAGUCUUGGAAGAACAGAUAUUUAUGGACAACUUCUUGGUAUUUUUACGCGAAUGGGUUGUAUUGACAUUUUAAAUAUUACACACUCGGAUUUAUUGGACUUUUUUAUUGAUGUGGAUGCUGCUUAUCUCAAUGCUCCUUAUCAUUCUUUUUAUCAUGCUGUGGAUAUUGUUUUUAUGAUUUAUUAUAUGUUGACUGAUUUGGAUGCGAAACAUUUUAUACCUUCCUUGGAUAUUGCUGCUCUUCUUAUUGCUGCUCUUUGCCACGAUAUUGGUCAUCCUGGUUACAAUAAUGUAUAUCAAAUCAAUUUUGAAACUGAUCUCGCAAAGAUAUAUAACAAUACUUCUGUCUUAGAAGCAUUCUCAGCUGAUAUGACUCGAUCUCUUAUACUCAAAAAACAUGUGAACUUGGUCAAUAAUUUAUCAUCUCAUCGAGAAGAUUGGAUCAGCAAAAUUGAAACUCUAAUUAUGCAUACGGAUAUGGUUCAUCAUUAUAUACUUCAAGAACAAGCUGGACUACUUGAAGAAAUGAUUUAUCGUUAUUGUUCGGAAUACGCUGAUUCAUCAAUGAUAAAUGAAGGCGAUGAUUACUUUCAACUUGGAAUACAACAACAACAAAAACCAUUACCUAUCUUUUCUUCACCAUCAUCAUCAUCAGAAACUGUUUCAUCUGAAUGGUUGAACAAGGUGAACCAAAGUAUUUCACCACAAUAUUAUUCUUCAAACAAAUCACUCUUGACUGAUCAACAAUGUCAACAACUCUCAUGUAUUCUAUUACAUGCAGCAGAUAUCAGUAAUACAGUACGUCCAUGGAAUAUCUCAAAGCAAUGGUCUGAUUUGAUUGUACAAGAAUUCUUUCGACAAGGAGAUAUGGAAAAACAACAUGGAUUAGCAGUAUCUCCUGGAAUGGAUCGUGAUUUAUCAACACAACCUGAUAUUAGUUUAACCUUUGGAGACUUGGUAGUCAAACCUUAUUUUGAACAAUUGGCCAAUCUUUUACCAGGAGCACAAAUCUUUUUAGAUUGUUUGGAUAAGAAUCGAAAUGAAUGGAUACGUAUCAAACAAAGUGAAUCUAAGGAUGGAUUGAUUCAAUUAUUACACUCGGAUGAUCCAUUACUGCAACAACGACAAUUCCCUAUUAGUUUAUUACCCCUUCCUGAAACGGCAAUCCAACCCAAUAUAGAACGAAGAGUCAGUGUGGCGGCAGGCACUUUGGUGAUACCCAAAAAUGUGAAUUACAACAACAACAACAACAAUAAAUCAUCAAGUCGAUAUGGAUUACGUAGUUAUUCAUUUGCAAUGGAAAGAACAAAUAUAGCAAGAAAAAUGAGUCAUGGACCAUUAUUGUAA